AGAGUAUCUGGUCAAUAUAAAGGAUAAUCUGUCGACUGUACUAGGGCUUGGCAGAUGCGUCCCAACAAGUUCAGGCGUUUUCGCAUGCCGUGAACGUCACUUUAAAUAGCCUGAUCCCCGCCACUCCCACUGUCCCGACUCCUACCCUUACCUCAGUGCUCCUACUCUACCAUCUUCUACUCUCAUUCCGUUUGUCCAAAUGAAAAACCGGGCUAACCGACGUCCAUUCUCGGCAAACAUCUGCCAUAUUGCUCCGAGAAAGUAAAAUAACUGUUCUGGGCCCUCAUCCCAACAAAAAGUAGAAGUAUUUCAUAAGGGAGAAAGUUCUACAAGCCAAGGGGAAGCAUUACAUUUCCCUCGAAAAUGCAGAAAAUUGGCGAUGAUCGAGUGGCCGGAUAAUAAUCUUCAAUGCAGACUCCAGCCAAUUUUCAUAAUCAAUUUGGAUUAUCGCUGAUGGCGUCGUCGGCAUAGAGCUCAAUUGCUUAUUCUAUAGGAGACAUACAGCAACAUUCCAGUUUCCGCGUUUUCACACUGCGGCGAAUAGGCCUACCUGCGUGAAAGAUAAAACGGAGAAUGCUGACCUGGCUUUGGGAGCUUAGUGAAUGGAUCUGGCAGGACCGGUUGUGGUUCCCAGCGGGCCUGGGUUGGGCCAACCUCAAGGACCGGGAUGGCCAAGUCUUCGCUAAAGGAAGGGAUCUCUGGGUCAUCUUCCCCAUCGCAGUAUGCUUCCUGAUUGUACGACAGAUAUUUGAGAGGACCGUGGCCGUUCAACUUGCCUCUUUACUUAGAGUGAGGGAGAAACCGCGUGUCAGAGCUGCUCCCAACACCACACUGGAAUCCUAUUUCUGCAAUGCAUCAAAGUUCCCCUCACAGAGUUCAGUGGAGGAGUUAACUAAACAGUCGGCCUGCUCGGUGCGGCAGGUCCAGAGGUGGUUCCGACGGCGGAGGAACCAGGAACGGCCGAGCCAGAUCAAGAAGUUCCGGGAAGCCUGUUGGAGAUUUACCUUUUACUUUCUUGCUUUCAUUGCUGGCCUGGGUGUCCUAAUUGAUAAACCAUGGUUCUAUGACAUGGAGGAGAUGUGGAAUGGCUUCCCCACACUGCCACUGCUGKCUUCUCAGUACUGGUACUACAUGAUUGAGCUGGGAUUCUACAUCUCSCUACUAUUCAGUGUGGCAACGGAUGUCAAGCGCAAAGAUUUUAAGGAGCAGAUUGUUCACCAUGUGGCCACUAUUCUGCUGAUCAGUUUCUCGUGGUUGGUCAACUACAUCCGUGCCGGGACUUUGAUCAUGCUUGUGCACGAUGCCUCAGACUACCUACUGGAGUCAGCAAAGAUGUUCAACUAUGCAGGAUGGAGAAAGACCUGCAACUACAUCUUCAUCCUGUUUGCAGCUGUGUUCAUCCUUACCCGCCUUGUCAUACUCCCCUUCUGGAUCAUACAUACUACGUGGGUGUACCCAUUGACCCUCUAUCCCCCUUUCUUUGGGUUCUACUUCUUCAACGGGCUGUUGUUUGUGCUACAGUGUCUGCACAUCUUCUGGGCUGGCCUCAUCCUGCGCAUGGCCGUCAAGUUCCUACCUGGAAAUGAUAUCGUUGAGGAUGAGAGGAGCGACAGGGAAGAGACUGAGUCAGACGAGGAGGAUGAUGACCAUGAGAAAAGGGAGAAAACAAAAAAUGGCUUUGUGCAGAAUGGCAAUGGCCACACAGUGCUUAACAACAACCACCACCACAGCAAAAUGGAGUGAUUUGUUACAGAGACACCAAGGAGGAUGUGUCAGGAAUGGGGAAGAACAACUCCCAUGAGGCCAAAGUAGGGCAGAAUGGAUGGUGGAAAAGCCACACACACARGCACACACCGCUGAAUGAUAUAUACACAAAUAAUGCUAAAGAUCACACUCCUUUACGAGGCUCGGAUGGGUUUCACUGCUCUGUAGAUCACACUAGUUGAAGGAGGGAGGGGAGAGUUCAGGAAAGACUGCGAUGGACCCAAACACACAGUAAAACUGUGCAUGGUCUGAGCUGUCCAGUGCCUUACCAACAAACUGUUAUUCCCUAUCAUUUCUAUCCAUCCUCCUCUAUUUCUUACUGUUCUGAGUCCUUACAUUGCAAAUCAUUCACUUAGGCAGGGAUUCCCCAAACUGGGUCCUGGGUCCACGCUCUGAGUGUUGCUAGACUUAAACUUGACMGUUCAAAUGCUGCCUUCUCAGUACACUGACACCCUUCCCAAAUAAUGACACACUGAGGUAAAUGACAUGCAAUGUGCCAACACUUAAAACUGCCAAGAGAGAUGAGGUGCUCUUAAUGAUACCACAACAUGGUACAGGUCAGUAUAAGUGUUCAAAUCACCAUGUCAGACCACUAAAGCAUACAGUAGCGAUAAUGGAAAAUGAGUUAURGGAUUGUAGUAGAUCAGGCACUACUAUUGUUGCCAUGGCAUUCUUAUUCAACCUGGAAUGUGCCAUUGUUGUUAAUGUUCUUGGUUAAGAUUUUGUUGAAAAAAAAAUAUGGCGGUUAAUAAUUAAGUUGUUUUAAUGGUUUAAAAGCUGACGAGUUGGGUUUGCAUUGUGUCGAUAUUUGUCUUAGUUUAUGCCGGUCUCCAAAUGCAAUGGCUCUUGGGGAGCAGACAGCACACAGCUUGAAAUAAUAAUACUUUUUAAAUGUUUGUUCAUGUUUUGAAAAUAACUUUUUAGUUAUCCGAUUUGAUUUUGUUUUAUUUUUUUUAUUUAAAAAGUCCAGUCAUUGAUCCAGACACAUUUCAGAGAAAUGGUCUGACCUACCCAAACCAGUCCAACACUUAAUUCAACCAGACUGGAGGAGAAUAUAUUCAUUAAAAUCUGUAUUUUUAUGCCCAUUCAUCCAGAGGCACUUUAUGGGUCAGCAUAGACCCAAAUACAACAUUAAAGCAAAAUGACAGUCCAGGCCAUACAGUGAUUUGGAUUAUGAUUGGGGUUUACAAUUACACUACAGUUUUCAUUUCCUAUUUAUUUCAUUUUCAUGGAGUCCUUUUCCAUUUCUUUGUAAAGCAUUUGGUUCAAUUCAUUAAGUUUUUUAAAUAAAAUGGACACCAAAGUAUGUUUUAGUUUUGCCUGCGCCUUAUCUGUUACCUGUAAAAAAAAAUAUAUAUAUAUAUAUAUAUAUAAAUCUCUCACCAUGUCUCUUUUUAAUUUCCUGUCUACCAUCUUGCUCUAUCUUUCUUUAUUCAACUCUCCAAUAUGGAUUACUUUUUGUACGUCCCAAAUGGCACCCUAUUACUACCUACAUAGUGCACUACAUUUGACCAGAUGCACAUGAUCUCCCUGCAGUGCUGUAACAUGUCCUUUGUUCCCRUUCACUUCUUCAUGUCUUAGCGCAAAGACCUAUCCCUAUGACUCCCCCCUUUCCCCCCCAAAAUACGCUUUCCCCCAACUAGUUUCUUAUUUUGUCAUGUUGCAAAGAUAUGAUAAAGGUUAUUGUGAAUUUAA